GAGUAUAUCCGUUGGGGUGUGUUCCAAUUUCCAACGGUUGAGGAAAGCGGAGGCCAAAAUGAAGGCCAGUAGAUAAACGUUUCCCACCAUUUAAGUACUGUGCCUUCCCCACCGCCCAAUUCUGGCAUCUCCGCCGCUUUCCUGAAGACACUUCGCCGGCCACCUUCCUCCUCCGUCGUCCCCAACCGCUCCAAUCGUCAGAGGAAAUAGAGAAGAGAAACAGUGCUCCUGUUUUUCUCUCCAAUGGCCCCCGCACUUCCAAUGCCCCCUCAAAGCAGCAAUAUCUUCGUCUCCAACCCUAACUCAUCCCUUUCAGCAGUCUCUUCCAAUGCCCCUUUCUUCCUCAACUCGUUGAGCUCCUUCAAUUGCGCUGCUCGCCGCCUGAGCUCCUCCACUGUCUUCUCCUCGCCGGGGAAAUCUUCUGUCCAAUCGUAUCCGCUGCGGCCUCGGCUUAUUCCCGCUCUGCGGGUGUCAAUUGCUCCGGCAGAGUACGUCCCUCCAUCUCCGAACUUCGAUUUCCGCAAGGAAAUCCCCAAACUGAAGGGGUUGAAGUCCAAGCUUCGCAAUUGCUCGAAUUUGGAAGAUAAGCUGAGAACUCUUGACUCGGAUUCUAGGGUGCGAUCGUUCUUCAAUGCUGGGUUUGGCAGGCUAAUGGGCGAGCUGAAUUUGGACAAAUACGAAUUGUUUUUGCUCAAGUGUUUAGUGGCUGCUGGGCAGGAGCAUGUGUUGGGGGAAUUGGGCGGCGAGUUUGUCUCCAAACGGAGUUCUCUCAAGACGGCUCUAUAUGCUCUGGCCGAUAUGAUUGAGAAAUGGGAAACUAGUGGAGCUAAUGAUUGUGACCGCCUCCAUGGUAGGGUGGGAUUUGGACUUGCAGAAGAAGAGGUUAAGGCAUUGAGGUUGUUGCUCAAGUCUCUUGGUGAGAUUGAACAAUUUUAUGACUGCAUUGGGGGAAUUAUCGGAUAUCAGAUAAUGGUCCUUGAUCUUCUUGUUCAGUCCACUUUUGAAAGACAAACCAGCGGUUGGUCCACCCACACGUGUCAGUCAUUGAAAUGCGAGAGUUUAGAAAUUCAUCCUCCUCGUGCACUCGAUCUUUCUCAAGAUGUAGAAUAUGCAUCUCAAGCAGCUCUUUGGGGAUUAGAGGCUUUGCCUGUCUUGGGAGAAAUUUACCCUCUUGGAGGCUCAGGAGACCGGCUUGGCUUGGUUGACCCUGAUACAGGUGAAUGUCUCCCUGCUGCAAUGCUUCCUUUCUGUGGACGUACACUUUUGGAAGGCCUAAUUAGAGAUCUUCAGGCCAGAGAGUUCCUGUAUUAUAAGGUGUACGGAAAUGAGUGCAUCAUUCCUGUCGCAAUAAUGACAAGUUCUGCCAAGAACAAUCAUGAACGUAUUCUGCGCCUGUGUGAAAGCCAUAGCUGGUUUGGAAGAGGGAGGUCUAAUUUUAUACUUUUUGAACAGCCUCUUGUUCCAGCUGUUAGUGCCAAAGAUGGGAAGUGGCUAGCUUCUAGAUCUUUUAUGCCAGUAUGCAAGCCUGGCGGUCAUGGUGUGAUAUGGAAACUUGCUUACGACAAAGGUGUGUUCCAGUGGUUUCGCGAUCAUGGAAGGAAAGGGGCAACUGUCCGACAAGUCAGUAAUGUUGUGGCGGCUACAGAUUUGACGCUUUUGGCAUUGGCAGGAAUUGGUUUGCACAGUGCAAAGAAAUUGGGCUUUGCAUCCUGUAAGCAAAGUACUGGAGCCACUGAAGGAAUAAAUGUUUUAAUUGAGAGGAAGAGCCUCAAUGGUAAUUGGAUAUAUGGCCUAUCUUGUAUCGAAUAUACCGAGUUUGACAAGUUUGGAAUCGAGGACGAGCCUCUUCCAUCUAAUAGUUUGCAGGCCGAGUUUCCUGCUAAUACAAAUAUUAUGUAUGUUGAUUUACCAUCUGCCGAGGUUGUUGGAUCAUGUAAAGAUGAGAAAUGUUUGCCAGGGAUGGUUCUCAAUAUGAAGAAACCAGUAACUUACAAGGAUCAGUUCGGAAUUAGUCAUAGUGUCCCUGGCGGUCGCCUGGAGCACACAAUGCAAAACAUUGCUGAUAAUUUCACCACUGUAUGUCCAUCGCGAUGUUAUGAAAGUGUAGAAGAUAGACUGGAUACUUUUAUGGUAUAUAAUGAAAGAAAGAAGGUUACAUCAUCCGCUAAGAAGAAAAGGACACAUGCUGCCAAGUCUCUACGCCAGACUCCAGAUGGUGCACUUCUGGAUAUGAUGCGCAAUGCCUAUGAUAUUUUCUCCCAAUGUGGGAUAAGCAUUCCACAGAUUGAAGGUGAUGAUAAGUACGUGGAUUCUGGACCACCAUUUCUUAUCCUUCUUCAUCCUGCUUUGGGGCCUCUUUGGGAAGUUAUUAGACAAAAAUUUCACGGGGGUUCCAUUUCUGAAGGUUCAGAGUUACAGAUAGAGGUUUCUGAGUUUUAUUGGAAAGAUGUCCAGGUCAGAAACUAGUUCAGUGACUCUGCAUGCUUGUGAAUGUCUUGUGGCUAAUCUCUUUCACUUUUCAGCUCAAUGGAAGUUUGAUUAUUUUGGCCGAGAAUGUUAUGGGUUCAACUACCAUAGAUGCAAAUGGUGAAGCUUUACUACAAUAUGGAAGGAGGUAUCCUACAACCCAUGAACAUGGUAGUUGUGAUUAGAAGGGCGCGUGGAGACAGGGCUAUGGAGAUUU